AUGCAUAUCAAUUGGACUGCACCGUCACUGUUGAUUCUUCUUAUAAUUAAAUCCUCGUGUCUUCUGUCCUCAUCAUCAUCUCCUUCAUCUUCUUCAUCUUCCUCUUCAUCCAUAAUAGAGAGAACGUACAAGUUUCAAGCAGCUGCAGCUACUGAAAACUUACACGCAAUCAUAGCAGAGAAUGAUACAGAGCAGUUGAAAAAAUUUCUACUAGCCAACGAAAAAAUCAGCUCAGCUAACGAAAUCUGGACAACGGCUAAAACACGCUUGGAAUGCGCUAAAUCAUGUAGUCGGACUGUUUUUGGUGGGAGCGUAUGCGUCGGUUUCGAUUACAAGUCUGAGAACAGCAAUGACAAUAGUUGCAGCGAUUCUACUGCAUCAUUUUCGGUAAGUAAUUGUCGGUUUUUGGUGAUGGUGAAUAAGUCGCGGCCGGUCCAAGAGUUGUGUUUGUUGCCAUCCUCACCGCUGUUCACGUCUGGGCUGCCACACUCGAUAGGGAUGGCCAUGGUACAUAUUGGCAAGCAAGGGCUGAGUGUUCUUGAAGACGAUGAUGGUGUUGGUACACGUGUUGAAAACAGUACAACCGCCAGUGGCUUUUGUGAUUAUACCACUUACGUGAAAAUUCAUCAACUGAAUACUGAACUUACUUCUAAAAAAAAAACCCCAGACCGUCACAUCUUCAACAUAACCAUAACAACCGGCGGAUCGACAUUUAUCGGAGCUCCGACCGACGCCAACGUGACGGUAACUCUCGGUAUCGAUAAGUACGAAUACUCACAGCCCAUCCCUACAAUCAUAAGUUACGAAGAAGUUUUCCCGCUAUACGUUCCCGCCAGUUUGAAUGUAUUCGAAGAAUCGGAUACUGAUACUUUUCUAGUCGUUGCCGGCUCGCUCGGAUCGACCGAAACUUUCAAACCAACUUAUCUAAGGAUGGAACAUGACGACACUGGUAUAUUUCCACCCUGGAGACCGGUUCAGGUCAUCAUCGUGAGUAUGAUGACGGGGGUGAGGUGGGCGCUGGGCAUCAAAGCGUACGUCAGCAUCAAUGCCAACAACUGCUCCUUAACUAGAAGCAUUCCAUAG